UGCGCUCAAGAGCUGCUCAUAGGAGAAAAUAAAGAAGAAACAGUCAUAAAUGGAAAAAUGGCUGCUCCUGUUGGAUGUGAUCACUACAUACGCAGCUGUUUUUUGAAAGCUCCAUGUUGUGGUAAAGCGUAUGUUUGUCGCCUGUGUCAUGAUGCUGAAGAGGACCAUCAAAUGGACCGCUUCCUGGUCAAAGAGGUGCAGUGCUCAGUCUGCAACACAGUACAGCAGGCACAAAAAACCUGCCAGGAGUGUAAUGUUACGUUUGGGGACUAUUACUGUGAUAUCUGUCACCUGUUUGAUAAAGACAAGAAGCAGUAUCACUGUCAGCCCUGUGGAAUAUGCAGGAUUGGACCAAGGGAGAAAUACUUCCACUGUCAGAAGUGCAAUCUCUGUUUAGCCAGUGAUCUACGAGGAAAUCACAAGUGUGUUGAAAAUGUUUCAAGACAGAACUGCCCAGUGUGUAUGGAGGAUAUGCACACAUCAAGAAUAGGAGCUCACGUUCUUCCGUGUGGCCAUCUUCUACACAAAACUUGCUUUGAUGACAUGGUCCGAACUGGUGCAUAUCGCUGCCCACUCUGUAUGCACUCUGCCUGGAAUAUGGAGGACUCCUGGGAGCAGAUGGACAAAGAUAUGGCUCAGUCACCCAUGCCCACUGAAUACCAGGAUGCCACUGUGAAGAUCAUAUGUAAUGACUGCCAAACCCACUGUACAGUGCCUUUUCAUGUUCUGGGAAUGAAGUGCAGUGGCUGUGGGUCCUACAACACAGCACAGGAUGGGGGACUGAUACAGCAGCUCCAGGAGCCACAGCCCCAGGAGCAACAGUAAGAGCCAGAGCAUAAGCCCCAGUCCCCAGUGCCAGAACCAUAUAAUUAGAAUAUCUAUAAUUAUAAUUCUAUGGAGAAAACAUUAGGAGUCCACCCCGUAGUUAUUUCUCUGCUCCACCCUACUUCCCCAGUCUACACAGACUUAACUAUACUAUCCACAUCUUUCCCAACGUUGCUCUGCCAAGAGUACAGUUAGUCAUGCCUGGGUUCCAGAACCUGGUUCCAAGUACUUGGGGUCCUAAACUUUUAUCCACAGUCUAGUGUGUUGUACAGUAGUUUUUGGAUUGAAUGUCUGUUAUUACAUACCCAUUAAAAAGCCAUUGCUAUUGAACUAUCUGUUUCUCAGAUAAAAAUCCAGCAGAAGAGAAUUGUGAAUGAGGAAUUCAUUUUCUUAUAGAUUCUCCGGUACUUUUUGUAUACUUUUUAACCAGUAGUUCUGAAAGUAGAGCUCGCUAGCCAAAAGUGGUCCCCGAAAAUUGUGCACUGUGUGACGUGCAGAUAUGUGCACCACAUCAUUGCACUUUGCUGUGUUUGGUGAGCUGUUGGGCCCACCCUGCAACCUCAUUGGAUAACGCUGGGCAGACCUCUUGUUGGCUGUCACUCAAAUGUGAGGGGCUGAAACUUAUUGACUAGAACUCAAAUUGCUAGGCGGUUGGCCCACUUGGGGGGAAAUGGAUGGAAAAUGGAGUGGCUUCAAGAAAACAGUUGCUUUCAAACUAGGGAUUUCGUGGCUAAUUAAGGUAAGACAGUAAUCUGGCUGCUCAUAGAUUAUGCAUGUAUGAACUAUACAUUGACACAUCCAGUCCAAAGCGGGAGGUUUAAAAAAUACUUUCUUAGUUGCCAAAGUACCGGAGUAUGUCUUUAAUGUGGAAAUCAGAUGCCUAUAAUAUCUAAUAUAGUCAGCCACACAAUUUAUUUUCCCAUUUUGUCCCAAGUUGGAAUGUCUAAAAGCCUAACUACAUGUUUUAGACUGACAUUUUACAGUAGUAAUGGGAUUUUAUGUUUAUUUGUAAAACUCAGGUAUUUAACAAAAAUAUUUUAUAUACUGUAACAUCAAAUCGUGUUCAUUCCAUGUAUGAGCUGAAUAUACAUUUUACUUAGUCCUAUGGAUUAUCAUGAAUAACACAUGUAUGUAAAUUAUUGAAUAAAUACUGCAGUUAGACAAUGGCUGUUGGCAACUACAUCUCACUCCAUGCUUAACUCAUAUUGUCGGUACUGUUGCUCAAACAAAGGAGAGAAGUGGAGUAUGAAAAUAUUGCAUCUGUAUUGCCAUUGGUGUCAUUCAUUGAUGCGGGUGUUGGGAUUCAGUGACAUUUUAACGUAACUAAUAAUAAAUACCCAUGAUUGUGACGAAUGUAAUUUGAGAUUUGCGUCAGUUAUCCCAAAAUAAAUAGUGAAUAGUGGUGGUAA